CUAUUAACACCAAAGCCCUCUCCUCCUCCUUCUCUCUCUCUCUCUCUCUCUCUCUUUCCCUCUCUCUCUCUCUCUCUCUCUCCUUGUACGUGUUACGCUUUACGAUUACGAUAACGACAAUCAACUCACUCACUCGUACACAAACACAUAUCGAAAUAGUAUUUAUUAUAUGUAAUCCACACAACCUAGGGUUAGGGUUUUGAAUUCGAUCGAAUGGAAGACGAGGAGGAACCUAAGAACGUUCCCGACUCAUCAUCGUCUCCUCAACGAGACAUUGGUUUAACUAUCCAAGAUAAACAGUUACACACCGUAGAAGUAGACGACGGCGACGCCGUUACCAACACCGAACAAUGCGAGUCCGUUGCCGCGUCGGGCGAUUCCCAACUGCUCGUCUCCAGCACGUCGGUUGAGGCCCAAAACGACGACGCGGCAGCGGAGAAGCACGAUUUGCCCUUAGUUGUUGUUUCCACGUCGCCGCUUAAGGAAACGGAGACCUCUGACGUGGUUGUUUCUGAUUCUGGGUUGGAUGAUGAUAAAGAGAUUGAAGUGGGGGUUGAGGAGACGGAGAUUCCUACUGAUUGUUAUUCGCGACUCGACAGCGAAGCAGUGGAGGCGGAGGUAGAGGUUUCGACAGCGUGCGGCGAAAGGGAGAGUAAGUGUGAGGUGGAGGGCGUAGAUGAAUUGCAGCUAGGUAGUGUUAAUUGUCCGAAUGAGAACGAAGUGGCGGCAGGUGAGAUUCCACCGGUGGGCAGUGGAAUGGACUGGGAAAAUGAAAACCUGGUUGAGACCGAGUUUGUAGGUGAAGUAGAAAGCAGUGUGGGGGCACUUGUGUCUGAGUUAGAUGAUUCGCAGGUGGUUGGGGUGGAGGGCGGGGUGUCAAAGUCGGAGCCGGGGUUGGAUGAUGUUAAGUCGACGAAUGUGGAUGGUGUGGAGGUUGGGGGAGGCAAGAGUCUGCAUGGUGGUAGUGAAAUGGAGUUGGGAAAUGAGGUUGAGACGAAGGGAUUAGGAGGUGGAGUGGGGGACUUUGUUUCUGAAUUCGAAGAUUCGCAGCUUCUUGGGGUAGAAGGUGGUGUAUCGAAGUGUGAACCCGGGUUGGAUGAGUCGGAGCUAGCUGAUGUUAAGUCACCCAUCUCAGGUGAAGUGGUGGUGGAUGGGAGUUUGCAGGGGGGCAAUAAAAUAGAGUUGGAAAACGAGGUUGAGAUGAAGGAAUUAGGAGGUGGAGUGGGGGAGUUUGUUUCCGAAUUAGAUGAUUCGCAGGUGCUGGGUGUAGGGUUGGCUGUUGCUGCCAAAGAGGAUGAAGAUAAGGAAGCCGUUAUGAAGGGAGAGAGUGGGUUGGAAGACACGGAAAUGGAGAAGGAAUUGGAGGCUGAGGUGACCAAUGAGGGCAGAAGUACCUCUGUUCCACUAUUGGACAAUUCUCAAAGUGUUGAUGCGGAGGACAAUGAAGGGGCGGAGGCAGAGGAUGAGGCUCCAAUGGUGGAUACGGAGAUGGAGACUGAGACAGAAGUAGGAGAGACGCCAGAGGCAGAUAAAGGAGCUAGUGGUGGUGGGAAGCGGAAGAGAGGGAAGGUUACUAAAGUUCCAGCUAAACCUCCACCUAGGAAGAAGGUCAUCGGAGAAGAUGUUUGUUUCAUUUGCUUCGAUGGUGGAGACUUGGUGCUAUGCGACCGCAGGGGAUGCCCCAAGGCAUAUCACCCUUCUUGUGUUAAUCGGGACGAGGCCUUCUUUCGAGCUAAGGGUCGUUGGAAUUGUGGUUGGCAUCUUUGCAGUCACUGUGGGAAGAAUGCGCACUACAUGUGUUAUACCUGUACAUUUUCCUUGUGCAAGGCGUGCAUCAAGGAAUCUGUUUUCUUUUGUGUCAGAGCCAACAAGGGCUUUUGCGAGACUUGCAUGAAAACUGUGAUGUUGAUUGAGAAUAAUGAGCGGGCAGGCGAGGAGGAUCGUGUAAAUUUUGAUGAUAAGAGCAGCUGGGAGUAUCUUUUCAAGGAUUACUGGGAAGAUUUAAAAGCAAAAUUAUCUCUAUCUGCAGAUGAACUUGCUGAGGCUAAAAAUCCAUCGAAGGGGUCUGAUGUAUUGGCUGGUAAGCAGGAAUCUCCUGAGGAGGUAUUUGAUGCUACCAAGGAUCAAGGUUCUGGCUCAGAAAGUUCAGAGAACAUGGUGACGAGAAGAGCUAAAAGAAGGAAGGCCAAGAAAAAGUCGAAAUCCCUUACCAAGGAAGAGGAUUCGCCAAGUUCGAGGGUAGUCAUCGAUGCUGUAGGGGCUUCUAUACCCAGCAACACUGAAUGGGCAUCGAAAGAGCUUCUUGAGUUUGUUAUGCACAUGAAAAAUGGUGACAACUCUGUUUUAUCUCAGUUUGAUGUACAGGCCCUGCUGCUUGAGUAUAUAAAAAGAAACAAACUUCGUGAUCCUCGUAAGAAAAGUCAAAUCAUUUGCGACUCAAGGCUUGAAAAUCUAUUUGGAAAAGCUCGUGUGGGGCAUUUUGAAAUGUUAAAACUGCUAGAAUCUCAUUUUCUUGUAAAAGAAGAUUCUCAACCAGAUGACGUCCAAGGGAGUGUUGUGGAUAAUGUAGUUAACCACAUGGAGGCUGAUGGGACCACUGAUGCCCCCACAAAAGGAAGUAAAGAUAGGAGGCGUAAAAUGCGUAGGAAGGGUGAUUUAAGAGGACCCCAAUCGAAUCUUGGUGAUUAUGCAGCCAUUGAUAUCCACAACAUUAGUUUAAUUUACUUAAGGCGGAAGUUGGUGGAGGAUUUACUUGAAGAUAUUGAGAAAUUCAAUGAUAAGGUUUUUGGUACUUUUGUGAGAAUAAGGAUUUCUGGUAGCAAUCAAAAUCAAGACAUGUAUAGGCUAGUCCAAGUUGUAGGAACAAGGAAAGCAGCUGAGCCAUAUAAAGUUGGUAAAAAGACAACGGAUCUUGUGCUAGAAAUAUUAAAUUUAAACAAAACAGAGGUUGUAUCAAUUGACACAAUUUCAAACCAGGAGUUUACCGAGGAUGAAUGCAAGCGGUUACGGCAGAGUAUAAAAUGUGGUCUUAUAGAAAGGCUGACUGUGGGUGACAUUCUGGACAAGUCCAUGGAAAUCCAGGCAGCGAGGGUUAAUGAUUGGCUGGAAACAGAAACGGUGAGGCUUAGUCAUCUCCGUGAUCGAGCAAGUGAUAUGGGGCGUAAAAAGGAGCUAAGGGAGUGCGUAGAGAAACUGCAGCUUCUGAAAACACCUGAAGAGCGUAUGCGUAGGCUCGAGGAAGUUCCAAAAAUACAUGCAGACCCAAAAAUGGAUCCAAGUUAUGAGUCUGAAGAAGAGGAUUCUGAAAUGGAGGAUAACAAACAAGAAAAUUUCUCGAGGCCACAAGGGUCUGGCUUUAACAGGAUAGGAAGGGAACCAAUCUCUCCCCGCAGAGGAAAUUUUUCUCCAGUGGAUUCUGGGAGCAGUACAAGGACAAGUUCUGGCAAGAAUUGGGAAACAAACAGAAACGUCUCUAAUAAGGAUUUCCCUAUCAAAAGUGAAGAGGCUACCGCUGUGGGUGAGAUAAAGAAUGAAAAUGUAUGGAAUCAGGGGAGAGACAGAGAAGCGAACAUGGACAAGGUGCGCUUAGGUACCAAUUCUGAAACCAUCGGACGGGAUAGCCGUUCUUUUGCAAGAUCAGAAUCGUUUUCUGGUGCUGCUGCAUCAGAAACUUCGCAGCCAUCUCUAGCUGCUGCCGGGGUAGCAGAAACUGCUACUAAAAUCAACGAAAGCGAGAAAAUAUGGCAUUAUCAGGAUCCAGCUGGAAAAAUUCAAGGACCAUUUUCAUUAGUUCAGCUGCGUAAGUGGAAUAGUAAUGGAUACUUUCCCGUCGAUCUGAGAAUUUGGAGAACCACUGAAAAGCAAGACGAUUCUUUGCUUUUGAAAGAUGCGUUAGCUGGGAGGUUUUUUCAGAAGAAAGAGUUGCCACCGAUGGACAACAAUUCUACAGUGCCUCCUCAAACUGUGCAUAGUCCACGUCUCUCAUCCACACCUGCUGGGAUGCCUUAUGGAGCAUCUUUACACCAUAGAAAGGAAGUUGGUGUUCGGUCUCAACUGGAGCCAAGUUCUUCAAGUGGCUGGGCCACUCCUUCGGUUGAGGUCCCUAAAGGUUCUGCUGACAGGUUGGGUUCUGAUUACCGCAGAAAUGACUCAACAAACCUUCCGUCUCCCACUCCAAUGUCAAGUACUCCACGAUGGACUGGAGGACCCACACACUCUCCUUCUGUAGCUACAUCAGUCAGUAGUGGUCAGUUCGCUCAAAGUGGAAGCAAAGAGCACGCUGCAAUGGAAUCAUUAGGUGUUUCAACCCCUCUUUCAGUAUUGAGUUCUGGUAGGGAGUCUAUUAGGGGUUCUGAAAAUGAUUCUUCGAGUUCUCUUCUGGUUCCUAGAUCUGAGCAGCAGGGUAUUUAUGUAGGCACCACAACUGCUCUACCUGCUUCUCAAACAAUUUUGACCAGUGAAUCUCAUGGGAUACAACCUUCUGUUGAAACUCAACAAUGGGGAGCUGGUUCGGUCCAAACACAAGAAAUGGUUGCCGCACCUCAUCAAAAUGCAGGGACUGAAACUACUCAAACCUGGGGUGGCGCUGCAGCUCAGAAUUCCGAACCUAAUCCUUCACUUCCAGCUUAUGGUCAAUGGGGUGGUGUUCCAUCUACUAUCCAGAAUCCUACUGGAAACUUCUCCACUCAAGUUUUCCCAGCUUUUCCUCAACCUGAUCCUUGGAGGCCUCCAGUAGUUGCGAAUAAUCAACCUAACAUCCAGCCUGCAGCUCCACCCAAUGUACCUUGGGGCAUGGGUGUGGCCCAAAAUAAUGCUUUUCCCCCUGUGCAAAAUAAUGUAAAUACUGUCUGGGUUCCGAUGCCUGGAAAUCCAAACAUGGGUUGGGUAGGACCCGCACCUGGAGCUACAAAUAUGAAUUGGGGGGCCCCUGUUCAAGGGACUAUUAAUCCAGGAUGGGUUGCAACCCCUGGAAAUCCUGGAGCUAUGGUUCAAGGUAUUCCGCCGGGUAAUGUAAACCCAGGCUGGGCUCCGCAAACAGGUAAUCCAGGAUCUGGUAUCCCACAAGUAGGUAAUCCGGGAUCUGGUAUUCAACCAGCAAAUGGAAAUCUUGGCUGGGUUGCACCGACUGGGAAUACAGGAUACAAUGUUCAAGGACAGGCACCGGGAAAUGUGAAUACUGUUUGGGGCACCCCAAAUGGAAAUCCAGGAACCACUACUGUUCAAGGGCCAGCAGCACCUGGAAAUUCAAAUCCAGGGUGGGGCUCAUCGGCUCCUGGGAAUUCCGGGAUGCGGGGAGACGAUAAACAACACAAUCGGAAUAGUUUCUCGGGCCAAAGGGAUAGGGUUGGUUUUGGCGGCGGCGAGCGGUGGAACAACACCAGGCAGUCGUCAUUUGGCAGUGGCAGUGGUGGCUUACAGAAAGGUCCGAAUACAGUUUGCCCUUACCAUAAGCACGGGCAUUGCAAGAAGGGAACUUAUUGCGAUAUGCUGCACACGUGAAACUCUCGAAUCUCGUAGCAGUGGGCAAAUAGCGACGCAGGAUAUUGUACAGAUUUUGCUAAUUAGGCAGUUUUUCGAGUUUCUUCAGCCUUUUGGUGGUUUAUUAUAAUUGUAGAACUUCGGCAGUUUAGCAGCACCGUUAAUUUACCUUUUUGGCAAUAAUACUCUACCAAAAACUACAGUUUCUUUCUCUC